UGCAACUAAGAGAGGGAGGAAGACAGAGCGAUGCUAUUGGUUGACCGUUAUAACAUCAAGCGUGAUAGAAAUAUUUCUCUCGCAGUCUAAGAAAUAGACGUAGAGACAGAGACAGUAGACUCAGGAAACACAUUCAGGUCUGUUUUCAAAAAGAUCAGAAGAAAGAGGACUUUAGAAAGAAAGAAAGAAAGCCAAAUGAGAAAGGGGGAGAUAAUAGAAAGGUGGACUAAUUAACUUAUGACUUCUGAGGGCUGUGGAGAUUUUUGCUUAAGAAGAGAAGAGAUUUCUAAGUCAGAGUAAAUGCGACUCAACAUGUAGAUUCUGCAGGUUUCUGGUUAAAUUCCCCCCCUUUCCCCCCCCCCGAGAAUUUAUUACCCUGCACGUCAGCAAAGACAAAUCUCAAUGAUUUUGGAGAAAUCUGAGGGAUGCGUCUGAGAGAAAGAUGCAGAGCAGAGAAUUGUGACAUGGUGCCGACCCAAAUUGACAGAGACGAGGACAGAUUGGACUGUUCAGUGGCAGACACGUCUCCAACCAGACACAGGUAUUCUCUCCUCGAUAUUAAGAUCGGUCAAGAUAUUUAUCCAUGCUAACUCAAACUAUCUUAUUUAUUGUACUCUGAUCUUGUAUUUGUAAGUCCUCUUGGAUGUGUGAUAUUGGCAUUGUAAUGUUAAAUAGCCAUUUCAUUUGAAACCUAAUUCCAAUAUUUGCUGCCUCAUUGGUUUAUACUUAUUAUUUUAUACUAUAUUAUUUUAUUGCGAAAUCGCCUGUAAUUUGCUUUGUCAAAAUAUAACUAACUGUCUAAUGUGCAAAGCAAUACCUUGUGUAUUUAGCAAACGAUCAGAUUGAUGUGGGGAUUAAUCAUGUCCCCAAAAUGUAGUAAUAAGCCAAGAGACUGUCUCUGUAAAUUAUAACACACAGAUAAUCUGCAAACUACGGUUGUUUACAAGUGCGUUAAAUGUGAUUUAGAUAUAUGCGUCAUUAAUGGUGUUCUUGAUUUAGAGCAACAGAUGAACUGAAAGCCAUACGACAAACUACUGAACUAUCACAAGCCAUAACCAUCUUAGUCCAUAAUCCUCAAUGUUUUUAAAACACAGAGCUGCGCUUAGUAUCGACAAGAAUCCUGUGCUUCUGCUGUCAGCGUGUCAGUCAGACACUUUGAGGCUUGCGUUGCUGUAAGGAAAAAAAAAAUGUGUAGGCUUGGUCUAAAAAGAAACUACAUGGAGGAGGAGAAGGAGGAGACAGACAUCUUGCCUGUCAGAGACUAAAAAAGAGCAUCAGGCCAACGACAGACAACUGUGGUUGUGAACAGACAAAUAAGUGCUUCCUAAAUCAAAGCAACACAGUGGUCGUGCUGCUGUCACACAAAAAGAGACAAAGACGUGAGUGGAAGAUCGGGAAGCCAAGCUGGUUAUUGAUUGUUACUAAAACUGAGUGUUCUACCUACCUGGACAACACAGACUCCUCCUCGCAUCGGAGGGGGAAACAGACAAUAACCUCCACUAAAAGGAGGGAGGGCAAUCGCCAGAUAGAGAUAGAGAGCAGGGGAGAAAUCCCCUCUCUCUCUCUCGACCCAUCUCGUCGUCAGGCUGGCGGGCUCUGCCGUGGCAUUCACCUUUGCGGCCUUCUGCUACAUGCUCACCUUGGUGCUGUGCGCUGCUCUCAUCUUUUUUGUCAUAUGGCAGAUCAUUGCAUUUGAUGAGCUUCGCACAGACUUCAAAAACCCCAUUGAUCAGAGCAAUCCCACCAGAGCGAGGGAAAGGAUUCUAAACAUUGAAAGAAUCUGCAACCUUCUUCGCAAAUUGGUGGUACCGGAGUACUCCAUCCACGGGCUCUUCUGCCUGAUGUUCAUGUGUGCUGGAGAGUGGGUCACACUUGGCCUAAAUAUCCCGCUGCUCUUCUACCAUCUGUGGAGGUUUCUUCAUCGGCCAGCUGACGGGUCAGAGGUCAUGUAUGAUCCCGUCAGUGUGAUGAACGCCGACAUUCUCAAUUACUGCCAGAAGGAGUCCUGGUGUAAGCUGGGCUUUUAUCUGCUCUCUUUCUUCUAUUAUCUCUACAGUAUGGUCUAUGCCUUGGUGAGCUUCUAACAGACAGGAUGUCUGGAGGAAUAAAAGGAAGUAUUUGGAAUAAAUGGAGACAUCAACUCUUCCUCUCCUUAUGUAUCCUUCCCAUCACUGGCUUGGGUUUUCAACAACCUAACCCUGGACAAAACAAGAAGACCAAUCUGUGUGAUAAUGUGAAUGUAAAGGCCUCCACUCGAUUAUAUCGCUUCGACCUAGAGACUGCUGUCGGACAACUGGACACAGUUUUGAAGGAUUGAAACGAAACAGAAAGAGGACGCAGCAGGUGUGUUGCCUUUGACCCAUUACACAAAUUAACAAUAUAUUUCUGAAGGGCUGGAGCUUUCCCAUGCUGCUCAUACUGAUCCAGUCGCUCAACUCACUGUGAAGCUCCAAACACUUAGGGGCUGGAAUUCAACAAAAUAUGUCUGUAUUCUUCGACUUUGAGGAAUAUUUUGGUAUCAUUCCAUGCAUUUAGGAUGAUAGACACCUCAAAUAUCAAACCACUGCUUUGUUUGAGGUACAGGUACAUACAACUGGAAGAAACAAAUUGUACAGGAGGACUUUACACUGUAAGAAAUGCAGAAGGCCUGGCAGGGGAAUAACAGUUUGGUGUGUGCACUUUUAACCAGGA